GCUCAUUCUGGAGAUGCACCAAUUCCUGUGCCUUAUGUCACCCAGCUACAACCGCUAAAAGCUGGACAAACGCUAGACAUUCAUGGAAGGAUAAAUAGUGAUGCUACUAGUGUUGAGAUCAAUCUUCUCCAAGGUGCACAGCAGAUUGGUCUUGGACAGUGUGUUCUACACAUCAACCUUCGCUUUGUCGAAAAGAAGAUUGUUAUGAACACCUUUAUAAAUAAAGAAUGGGGAAGAGAAGAACGCGAAUCGAUGCCAUAUAAGCCAGGCGAGGAGUACGAUCUCAAAAUUAGGUGA